UGUUGCAAUACCGAACCAUUUCCGCUCCUAUAUAUCGCAAAAAGGUCAGUUCGUGAGUCAUCCAGCUGCGAUCGAUUUCUCUGCACUGGGCAUACUUUGCGCUGAUUAUCUCCGACUAGUUCGCCGGAUUCGCUAUGUCGGCCGCCGCCGAAACCGAUGCUUCGGUUGUCGAGAACUCGACGCCAGCGGAAGUUCCGGCUGUUGAGGAGGACCCGCAGCCUCAGAUGCCGGACGCACCGGCGGAGAAACCCGUCAAGGAGAAGAAACCCAAAGCCCCCAAGGAGAAGAAGCCUAGAGCUCCAAAAACUUCUUCUCAUCCUCCUUACUUUGAGAUGAUAAAGGAGGCGUUGUUGGCUCUUAACGAGAGGAGUGGGUCGAGCCCGUACGCCAUAGCCAAGCACAUGGAGGAGAAUCACAAGGCGGUGCUUCCCGCGAAUUUCAGGAAAAUUUUGGGGCUUCAGCUGAAGAACUCUGCUGCGAGGGGGAAACUCAUAAAGAUCAAGGCUUCUUACAAACUGGCCGACAAGGCUGAUACAGCUGCGGUGAAGAAGCCCAAGCAGGCUAAAGCUACCACGCAAAAGGCUGCGAAGAAAAGAACUGGUACAGUGAGGAAGAAGACAGCUGCAGCAGCUAAGCCUGCGAAGAAGAAGGUUGGGGCGAAGAAGAAGGCGAAGAAGUCGGCGCCGGCGAAGGCAAAGCAGCCCAAGUCGAUCAAGUCAACUUCUGCUAAAAAGGCUAAGAAGGCUUAAAUGUUUUGUGACUGAUAUGAAUAUAUAUAUAUAUAAAAUAAUGUGAUAGUUGGGUUAACUGGCAUGUAAAUAUGGACAAUGGAUGUGUGCUGCUCCUGGUUUCUCCCAUUUGUAAUGGAUGCUUUCUUCUUUUGUAAUCGGAGGAUUAGCAUAAGAAAUGUGGUAGGAGAAUUUUGUUAA